AUGCUUCGAGCAUGCGUUUUACUCUCCGUUCUUUCGUCGAUGAAUUGUAUUUUAUUGGGCAAAAUCGAUAAUUUCGUCAUUAUUGGAGACGCUGAUAAGACUAUAUUGAACAUAACUAGGAAUGAAUGUAUCUGUGACAUGAUACAAUCGAAUCAUUCAACAUCAGCAUUCAAUUAUUNCGCAAAUCACAGAAUCAUGAAAUGGGUGAAAGAUGCAAGAAAUGGAACGUUGGUAGUGGGUGUGACUGGUUUGACUGGUACUACGCCGUCAAGACUGAACAAUCCGUAUGGAAUUCGUCUGGACAAAAGUGGAAACUUAUACGUUGCUGACUACACAAACGAUCGUGUUCAACGAUUUACGAUUGACAAUAGUUCUUGUUAG